AUGUUUCGACAAAUCGCAGUCCACCCGGACGUCUGGGCUCUUCAACAAAUCCUAUGGGUCGACCCCAAUAAUCAAGUCGUUCCAUAUUAUUUGACAACGGUGACUUACGAACUGAGCUGCGCUCCCUUCCUCGCCAUCCGGGUCAUGCUUCAACUCGUCGAAGACGAGGGUCACGACUUCCCGUUGGCUAUCUCGCCCUUGACCAAGGGAAGAUAUGUCGAUGAUAUCUUCGGGGGCGCUGAGACCCUUCAAGAGCUUCAAGAGACUGCAAGGCAACUUCAAGAAAUCUGUCAGCGCGGCUGCUUUCCACUUCAAAAGUGGUCAGCCAACGUAAAGGACGCCCUUCGAUACGUCACUUCAGAGUCCCGAACGGACACGGUCUCGAUCAAUUCGGAAGAUCCCAACCUCAAAUUUCUCGGCCUCGAGUGGAAUUCGACCGAGGACAACUUCAAGUUUACACUUCAGACAUCUUUCCAUCAAGACGUUACAAAAAGGACCGUUCUUUCGGAGACGGCGUCGUUAUUCGACCCGUUGGGCUUCAUUUCACCGAUCACAGUCAAAGCGAAGGCUUUUCUGCAAGAACUGUGGUUGGCAAAGCUUCAUUGGGAUGACAAACUGCCGGUGCAACUUCAGGAAAAAUGGCUUCGAUUUCAAGCGAGUUUGAGUGACCUCUCACUCAUCUCUCUUCCCCGGUGGCUUCAUCUUUCAUCAACAUCCAAGGUGGAACUUCACGGAUUCUCAGAUGCUUCGAUGCUCGCUAUAGCAGCAGCGGUUUAUCUUCGAUCGACGUCGGCCGAUGGGACAACAACCGUCACCCUCGUCUGUUCGAAGACCAAGGUCACACCUCUCAAGCGACUCACGAUACCGAAACUUGAGUUGUCGGCAGCCCUUCUACUGGCAAAAUUGAUGUCAGGCGUCCAGAGAACGCUGGAAUUGUCGGAGGUUCCGGUUUCCCUCUGGACGGACGCUGAAGUCGCCCUGACAUGGAUGACUUCGCAUCCUUCACGAUGGAAAGACUUCGUCCGCAAUCGGGUUGCCACGAUUCAAGAGCUCACUUCGAAGGCAACCUGGCGAUACGUCGCAAGAAAACAAAACCCAGCGGACUGCGCGACGCGCGGGAUGACUCCUCGGCAACUUUCAAAGCAUCGACUAUGGUGGGACGGGCCUGAGUGGCUCUUCCUUCCACGAAGAACGUGGCCCAACGCUCCGCUGGACCCUUCCUCGGAUGCGGACCUCGAAGUAAGACCGGGGCUCGGUUUGAUCGCUACUUCCGACCCUGACCGACAGAUUUAG